AUGAAGUUCGACAUACAACGCUCAUUCCUGUUAAGCCUGGGCUUGCUCUCUUUUUCCGUCGCAGCAACCGACCUCCGGAGAGAGCCGUACCACGACGCUGUUCACCUUCUCCGACGAGCCACUCCCUUAACUAAUGGAACAUCGACCGGGCGGGUGAUACCCUCGUCCAGCCGCCCAUCUCUCCCCCCUUCAACAAUCCCUCCCUCGGGGGCUACAACGUCUCGCGUUCCUUCUUCCGCCCCUACGAACCCACCAAUCACUACCAGCCGGCCCGUCUCAUCAGCCGCGCCAACAAGCACGGCGCCGGUGACCACAACGGUCAGCAAUGGCGACACCAUCGUCGUGGCCGUCGGCGUGGUCGUCGUGGGAGGCACCGGGGGCGGUUUCUUCACCAUCGCGGGCUCGGCGGCGGCGCCAGUUGCCGUCGGGGCCGGCGCGGCCGUGACAGCAAGCUCUUCGUCGGAAGGCGACAAGCCCGACGACCCGGACCGACCGCCCUCCUCCGCGCCGCCCGCCAGCUCGGAACCCCCCAAGGAGUCCACGAGCACGAGUCUGGCUAGUUCAACGUCUACGAGCACAAGUCCGGCUAGUUCAACGUCUACAAGCUCGGUGCCGAGCGGGACCCCCACGCCGUGCGUCAUCUUCCCGAAGGACGGGGCCACGGACCAGGAGAAGAAGGACUUCCUCGCCCUUCUCGAUAAGGAGCUUGGCACAGGAAACUACCGGGAGACAAGCGACACGGUGGUAUUAUUCGUGAGCGCCAAUAUCACAGCCGCGCAAGAGACGACCAUCUCCAGUGACCCGUUGGUUGGCGGCAUCGAGCCUGUUGUGAAGUUCGACACAAACGCCGGAGCGUCCGUGCCAGUCCCCAACAGCAAGCGCGACGAGGACGUCCACGAGAAGUGGUGGAUGGAAUCGCUCGACAAGCUCGGUAGGAUCAGGAAGCGCGCCGUCGUGAAGCAGGACAGGGCCCCGACGGAGCUCAUCAUGUUCUCGCAGCCUCCGCUGGUGGAUCUAGCCGUGCUCAAGAGCUACACGUACGAUGACAGCGCCGGGGCCGACAUCACUGUCUACGUCCUAGACAGCGGCUACUACACCAAGAACAGCGAGUACACCGGUAUGGCCGUCAAACCGCGUUGGAUCUUCGCAGGUGCCCAAGCCGACAGGUCCGUCGAGGAGGAUGCGGAUCCCGGUGGCCACGGCAGCUGCGCUGGGUCCAAGGUCAACGGGCCCAAGUACGGGGUCGCAAAGAAGACGAACCUCGUCGUUGUGAAAGCCGGGGACAGCUCCGUCGACACGCUCGACGGGCUGAACAAGAUCCUGGAGGACGUGAGGAGCAAUAAACUGCAGGGCAAAGCCAUCGUGAACUUUUCACGCUCGAUUGAUAAGCCGACCACAUUCAACCGAAAGAUGAUCGAGCACUAUGUCAAGGAGAUGAUAAGAGAAGACAUUGUAUUCUUCGCGGCGUCCGGAAACGACGACCGGGAGGAGGUCGCGGACGGAAAAGCGACCGCUAUCGAUGUCGACGCCUGGCCCCCCAUGAUGGCCGCCGACGGCGUGCCCAUCAUCAACGUCGGGGCUGUCGAUAACACAGGCAAGAACGCCUCCUUCUCCCAGGGAGGCCCCCUGGUCCACGUUAUGGCGCCCGGCGUCCAGGUCCAAUGCGCCGCCAACUCGUUUGUCUUUGGCACGCAGAAGAAGGACGGCACUUCCUUUGCCGCACCCGCAGUGGCCGGCCUCGCGGCGUACCUGCUCGCCCUGGGAGAAUACCCCGAGCUGUACCAGACCGGCAAGGUGGCGGAGAACAUGAAGAAGCUCCUCAUGGACAUGGCGUACCAGCGAACGCCGGACGGCGGCCAGGUCGCCUUCAACGGCCAGGGCGCCGUCUGCUCGCGCCCCAGCAGCGCCAAGUUCCGGAGGCAGGACCUCAGCGGCGAGGCCUGCUCCGUCGUCUCGUCGACGACGACCAUCCCGCCGACCCCGACCAGCGCCCCGCCACCGCCGCCUCCGGCUUCAACCAGCAACCCGCCCGCCGAGACGACCGCGCCGCCGCCGCCGCCACCACCGCCCGCGCCAAGAACUCUGUUCUCGCUGGAGGAGCAGGUCGACGCGGGUACCACGGCGUGCUUCCCCACCACCGGGUUCUCCACCACGCCCGAGACGACGUACGGCUUCUCCUUCGACGUCGAUGCGGGCAUGCUGGUCAGCAUCCAGACCGGCUCGACGGAUGAAGGAUACCACCAGUCCCAGGGGCCGUGGACAGGCACAUUCUACGCCGAGUCCGGGUCGGCACUCAAGAUCUGCGCCACCGGCACCGGGUCCGGCUCCCUACCGCUGACCUUCGCCAUCACGGAGGAGCCCUCGCAGCCCGUGAAAGCCCCGCCCGGUGGGGAGGUCUUCAAGCUGGAUGAAAAGUUGCGGGCCGGGGUAACGUCCUGCUUCCCGACGACCGGCCUGAAUAUCCAGGAGGGCAACUACGGCUUCUCGUACACCACGGCCGACGGAGUCAUCAUCCAGAUCGGAGACAGCAGCUCCGGCCCCAAGUACUUCUCCGGAAACAGGGCGUCCGGCGCCGGACUGAUGUACAUCGACUUCUCGGGGGGCAGCAUCUCUAUUUGUGCGACCAACGGCGGCAGCGCAGAGGCGUCACUUUCUUUAAGCAUGACGCAAUGA